GGCGACAGUCACGACGACUGCAGCAGCUGGUUAAAGUGAUAUAAUCUUGUGUUACGAGACUUAACUUUUCCGGGAAACAUCAGGGGAUUAUGGAACCACACUAUAAAAGGUCAUUGAGCUUUUUCGAGCAGUUUUUUGUUUUAAUUUCUAAAGCCACUUGAAAUGAAGAAUACUGGUGAUUUAACAAAAUAAACAAUGUGUCCGUGUUGAUCCAUGGAUUUACAGUUAUCUGUUAUGGAGGAACUGGGUCAUCAACAUGAGUUUUGAUACUGCUAAUGAUGCCAACUUCUGGAGUAACGGUUCGGCGGAGCUGUACACGGAGACACCGGGACCGUUGUCUGCAAAUAAUUCCAAUUUGACCACGGCCAAUUACACACACACGAAUCCGCUGGACCUUACCCGAGCCGUGCCAGUUGGUAUGGUUCUGGGCGCUUUCAUUCUGUUCGCAAUCGUGGGCAACAUACUCGUAAUACUUUCCGUUGUGUGCAACAGACACCUGCGUAUCCCAACGAACUAUUUCAUUAUCAACCUAGCCAUUGCGGACCUGUUGCUGGGUACCACAGUGCUGCCCGUGUCCGCAACACUGGAGAUUCUCGACUACUGGGUAUUCGGGAGGAUCUUCUGUGACAUCUGGGCAGCAGUGGACGUGCUAUGUUGCACGGCCUCCAUCAUGAGCCUGUGCGUAAUAUCCAUAGACCGUUAUAUAGGCGUGCGCUACCCACUGCAGUACCCCUGUAUAGUAACGGAGAAAAGAGCCCUUUUGGCCAUGCUCGGUGUGUGGGUUCUCGCCACUGUCAUCUCCAUCGGACCUCUGCUCGGGUGGAAACAACCACCCUCAAAUGAUGACACCAUUUGCCCCAUCACCGAAGAGCCCUUUUACGCACUCUUCUCCUCCCUGGGUUCAUUUUACAUACCUCUGGCUGUCAUCCUGUGCAUGUACUGCCAGGUUUAUGUAGUUGCCAAACGAACCACUAAGAACUUGGAGGCGGGGGUCAUGAAAGAACGCAUGGACUCGAAUGAGCUCACGCUCAGGAUCCACUGCAAAAACGCACAGCUGCAGGAAUACUGCGUCACGGGCAAAGGCCAGGCGCGGAGCACUCUGACCGUGAAACUGCUCAAGUUCUCCCGAGAGAAGAAAGCUGCUAAGACUCUCGGUGUGGUGGUGGGCAUGUUUAUUCUCUGCUGGCUGCCAUUCUUCCUCGUGCUGCCCAUUGGGUCGUUUAACGCCAACCUGCGUCCCCCGGAGACGUUCUUCAAGGUGAUCUUCUGGCUGGGCUACUUCAACAGCUGCCUGAAUCCCAUCAUCUACCCCUGCUACAGCCGAGAGUUCAAGCAGGCCUUCAUCCGUAUCCUGAAGUGCCGCUGCCGUCAGAAGAAGAAGCAGAAGGGCUGGAGGGCCUACUACAACCACCAAUCCUCCCACCUGGGCUCCACCAAUAGCUCCUACCUCAAUGGGAGUCAGCAGACCCUGUCCUCCAUCAACCCCAGCCCUCGCUGUGUCAGCAAAGGGGCCGGCUCUCGGCUGGAGCCUGGGAUCGACCUCCACUCCCCAUCCUCCUGCCCGUCUCUGCCUGGUGGGAGCCCCUUCACUGGCCAGAUGAGGGCCCUCCCUGGGGCUUUCUGCCAGAGCACCAGCGGAACCAGCAGAGUCCACCUGGUCUCCCCCCUGGCCAGGGAGCCAGUGCAUGCCAAUGGACAGAGUAAGAAUGGAGAGGUGGAGCAUGGAUCAAUCAGGGCAACGCCUGAGACAAUUAUGUAAUGGCAGUGUGGGGCACCAGUCAUAAGCCUGGACAAUGUUGUUUGAUAGUCUGUGCUUAUGCUGACAUGAGACUAGCAAAGAGCUUUUUUUUUUUGAGACUAUACAUUGGAUCAUUGUGAAUGUCUAAAUGCAAUAUGGACAGUAACCUAAGUACUGUAGCAGUAUGGAUUGAAGAUGUACACAUCACAAUGUGUCCCUCAGUAUUUAUUACUAAGAAUCUGGUUGCUUGUUGUUCCAUGUCCUCCAGAUGUCAUCAUCAAUAGGUAUUUUGGACAAUUUUAGACAGAACACUGAAGGCCUCUGCUACUGCACAAAACAUUUUCCAGAACAAUGUGUGCAGCUCUGUCACAUACUGUACUACCUAGGCCCUUGAAAGACCCCGUGAAAAAGGGACCAACUUUUCCCACGUUUUGACUUUGGUAGCACUGCUCUGCAUUUGCAACAGACAUAUAAAAGACGUCUCUACAAUUCUUUGAGGGUAAAACAUAUCCUUGUUGUCAUAAUGUAUUUGUUCUAUUUGUAUGUUUGGUGAAACAUUUCUGGAGUCAUGGCUAUUGAAAGCAUUGUGUUGAGAUCAUUCAAGUUAAUUAUUGACAUGAAUCCCAGUGUGCAUUUGGGUUUGGUCUCUCAAUUUAUGAAUGUAUUUGCAACAUUCCAUAACAACCACUGUGUAAUGUAAUAUUGAAAAAGCAUUUUUAGGUAUGUAUAGCAUGUGGUGUAUCUUGAUAUACAGUGUCUUAUAGCAGCGUUUGUAGCUCACAUCUGCUAAACUUGGGAUUUAUGUUUAUUUAUUACAAUUUAGGUGGUGAUAGAAAUGUUGUUUUAUGUAAAGGGGAAUGUACUUUUAAUCUCAAACAAUUUAGAGGGACAGUGCAGAAACAACAUAACUAUGUUGACAAAUAAAAUAAAUCUUAAAUUAAAUUGAAAUUAAAGAUGCUCAGUGGCUGUUCAGAUGUAUCUACAGUACAUUUAAGGAUAUUGUAAACUCAAAUGCCCCUAAAUGCUCUCUUGAAAAUAUGUAGUCAUAUUCAAACGUAUCAAUCUUAAUUCAGACAAAACAUUUUAUUUUUUUAAAGAUGUUUUAUCCCACUAUGGUGAGUAUAACCAAGUGAAACGGAAAUGUCAUAAUACACUACUCCAUUACCCCCACACACACACACACACACACACACACACAGGCUCCC